AUGGAUGUGUCCGUGGCAAUUAUUCAGCUAAAACGCACUGACCGUACAUUUCUCUCUCCGCAAGACUAUGAUGUCGUCAUUCUUGACGAACCAUCAACCAGCUACAAUGUGCCAAAGCAUCAAGAAGUCCAGCCUUAUCCAGUGAAGAAACGAACCACUGUUGGAGGGCAUGGUGUGGCAAGUACCGUCAUCAAACUGCCCUCAUUUCGAGUAACCGACUGCAGCGCUAGCCUUGCGGACUCGGUGCUUAGCGAAUUGACAACAAAAACAAGCAUUCCGCCGACCGUUGCUAUACCUCUGUGGGAUGGCGAUGGGCCUUCUUCAAGUGGUCGAAUCGCUCCCGGUACGGUGCUUAUGUGUGCUCCAGUAGUUCCUAAA